AUGUCUUCUCCUUCUCCCGUUACUCCCUCUUCGCACGCUUCAGCCAAGGUUGUCAAGGAUGGUGGUGUUGAUUCGUCGGAGAAGGAAAUCGCCAUCGGUUCAAAGGCGAACCCCAUUGACAUCGAUGACGAAUAUGAGUUCGAGACCAUUUCGUUCAAGCGCAAGAAGGGUACGAGCGUUUUCGAGCCCCUCCCCGCCAAGGUCCGUCGCACCGAGACCGAUUCGGACGCAAUCGAGGA